GUAAACUUUGAACUUUUAUUAUUACAAAAUUCAAAGUAUCUUGCUUGGCCUUUUCAAAUAAUUAUAAUGAAUUGUGAAUGAAGCAUAUUAUACCGUGCCACUAGCUAGCUAUAUAUGAGCUGGAUUGCAUGUGUAGGCAGCCAUGGGGAUCACCGAGAGAGUGAGAGAGGAGUUCUAUGAUAGGAUAUGCUCAGAGCAUGUUCUGUUACUGUGUGCCCUGGACGUUGACUCUCUGUGUGCGGUCAAGAUCCUGCAGUCUCUGUUCAAGGCUGACAAUGUGGAGCACACUGUGGUCCCCGUGGACGGAAAAGCUUCUCUACAGCAGGCCUUCACCGACCAGGCUGAUCAGGUGAAGUCGGUGGUCCUAGUCAACUGUGGUGGUUCCAUCAAUCUGUUGGAACUUCUUCAACCGGAACAGGAUAGCGUCACUUUCUACGUGGUGGACAGUAGACGCCCAUACGAGCUGGACAAUGUGUACAGUCAGGAUCAAGUGCAGCUGGUCGUGAGGGAGGGGGAGGAGCUUGAGCUGCCGGCAUUCGAGGAGGUUUACAACUCUGAUAUGGAGGACGAGAGUGAUGAUGAGUACUUCAGUGACAGUGAGGAUGGCCCCACAGCUAAGAGGAGGAAGACAGGAGAUGAGGACUCUUACCAAACACGGAAGAGAAAGCACCUCUGGAAAAAGAAAAGAGAGGAGAUCUUGUACAAGUACUAUGAGUUUAACACUCAUGGAACAUCUGCGUCUCUACUGAUGUACGAGCUAGCCAUGAAGAUGAGCAGGGACAGCAACGACCUCCUCUGGUGGGCUAUACUAGGACUCACUGAACAGCUGCUCUACGAAAAGGUGGACAGAGAACGAUACGUAACAGACCUGCACGCACUACAGCCUUACGUCAUCCGACAUAACAGAACAAGCGAGGACGAAACACCUUCAGCCAUCAACUCGAUGAGAAUAGCAUUCGACAACGAAUUGAGACUGGCCCUGUACAGACAUUGGAGUCUCUAUGAGAGUUUGUGUCACUCAGAGUACACAGCUUGCAGGUUCAAAGUGUGGACGAUGAAAGGUCACAAGAAAUUGAUGGAGUUUUUAGCAGAUAUGGGACUCCCACUGGUACAGAGUAAACAGAAGUUUGCCUCGAUGGAGAUGCAGCACAGAGACACAUUCAAAGAGAGCUUCACUGAGAGUGCCCGCAAGUAUCAGGUGGAGGACUUCACGUACGGAUCAUUUGUGGCACAGUUUGGAUACAAGAACAAGUUCUGUGCGGGAGACCUGGUCUAUUCCUCUACUGCCUUAAUCGAGGCUACAGAUACCUCCUAUUCUCAAGGUUUCCUCAUGGCACUCGAAGGGCUCUCAAGAACAAAUAUGACUAAAAUGCAAGCCGGAAUCGAAGCUGCUAAGCGACAGCAAGUGGCAAUUGUGACCCAGAUAAGGAAUUUCGUUGACACUCAUCAGGUUGUUUGCGCUGGUCCCUUUGUGUACGCGUAUGUUGAAGAGGGCACUCCAAAUGUGAAGAUGUUUUCCAAGCCACAUACACUGGCCAAAUUGGCUAGAUUUCUCAGAGAAGCGUGGAUUACUUCUAAUAAGAAAGCUAAAGACAUUCCAUUUAUUGUGUCAGCUCCGUAUGAUGUGGAAGAGAGCACCUGUAUAAUUACAGGGGUUCCCCCUCAUUCAGAACAUACACAUAGAUCAGAAUUUGCAAAGGCUUUCCAACAUGCAGCUGACAGAAUCCAAGCUAGAGCCACAUUUGACCAUUUUGAUGGUGCUGUGUUUGUGAUCAAGAAGGAUGACCGUGGAAAGUUCUUCGAUGCAUUGACUGCUUUGUCAGCAUUUUAAUUAUAGUUUUUUUUUCAAUACACAUGCAACAUGUACAGUCAGUCAUAAUUAAAUUCUCUUGCUAAAAUAUCAUUAUUGUCAAUGCG